AUGGCCGGGAUUAAACUACUGAGUAUAAAGAGAAACGAAGAAGCUUCGUAUUUCUAUGAAAACAAUGUCUCCACAACUCUCGACUCGAACAGAAAUGAAGUUGUUGGAGUUCAAGAAAAUCACAAGGCUCCCCAAAUUUCCAAGAAAUCAAGAAAACAGGAUGAAAGAAGAUCCAAGAAAGAGGAGAAACAAAAAAUAAAGGAAACGAAACAACGCGAAAAGGAAAAGAAGAAAUCGUUGAAAAAUUCUCGGAAAGAAGUCGUGGGAAGUGUCGACACAGCUAGAUCAAGCGAUCGCGCCCGGAUCAAAACUAACGGUGACGUCAAAAGUAACGGAGGUUUCCAAGUUGGGAUGGAUGUUGGCGAAGCAGCAGAGAACAAGAAUGAACAAUCGUUGAAUGCCCACGAAGAAGACAGGAAUGAAAACGAAGAAGACAGGAAUGAAAACGAAGAAUCUAAGGAAGAGCACGAUCUAACAAUUAGACUCGAGCACGAAGAAGCGUCGAACCAGGACGAAGAUUUAAGUAAAGAGCACGAAGGAGUAAGCAGCGAACACGAGUCAUCAAUAAAAAUACACGAAUCAACUCAAUUAGAGAUUACAGCACACGUAACCUCUAGUGAAGAACCCGGAGUUUCCGGUGAAACACACGCAACUUCGAGUGACAGACACGCUGAUCUGGAGCUUCGUUCCGAAAACUGCGUGGAAGAAACCAUCACAGUGGAUAGUGUUCAAACUACAGAAGAAGCUCCCAAGGAAUUCUCUCAUCAACCGAAGGUUAACCCUGAUAUCCCUGAACCGACAGGAGGACAGCAUCUUGAAAUUGAAAUAUCCGAUGUCACCGAUCUUGACGCCGACGCAUCAAGCUCGGAUCAAGUGAUAGUCGUGCAAAAUAACCUCCAGACCUCUACAUACCCAAGUAGCCCGGCCAGCGAGGGUCAGAUCCUGGUUGCGACAGUUCAGCAAGUUGAAAGUUGUGUCGACUUGGAUGGUAUUUUUGCUGAAUGCAAUGCACCGACGAACGAAGAGGAUAAAGAAGAGAAACGAAAGAGUGUUCGCUUUCAGGAAGAGACUGAAGAAAUCGGACACGGCGAAGUCGAGUCGGAAGAUCACGAGCAUGCGUCGAUGAACCUCGGAGGCGACUUUUCAGGCACUACUGAUGACGACAGCGUCGAGCGACCGCAAACAUUACAGCCUGCGGUUGACGUCGUGAAUAAAGAGGAAGGAAGAAAAGUGGAAAGUUGUGUUGACCUGGAUCACGUUUUUGCACCAUCCGAACAAGCGAGUGAUAUCGAAACAGUUCCCGAAGAAAAUCAUGUCGGAGUGGGUAAAGUGAACGGCAGUGCUAAAGUCAACGGUAAAGCGAAUCUCAGCAACAGUGGUACUAAGACGGACGAUUUGGUAGAAAUACGUUUGGACGAAUCAAACGAACACACGAAUACUACAAGGAAGAAAAAGGAGAAACGUAACAGAAGUGGAUUCAGGACAUGUUGCUUCCCGUGA